UUCACAAAAUCAUCAAAAACAAAAUCAUGUCUUCUUCUUCUUUUUCUUAUUUGUUGACUUGUCUUAUUUUGUUAUCAUCACUUUCAUAUGUUUCCUUUGCUGCCAAUCCAAGAACUCCAAUUGAUGUUCCAUUUGGCCAUAAUUAUGUUCCAACUUGGGCUUAUGAUCAUAUCAAAUACUUCAAUGGUGGCUCUCAAAUUCAGCUUACUCUUGAUAAGUACACUGGUACUGGCUUCCAAUCUAAAGGGUCUUAUUUAUUUGGUCACUUUAGUAUGUACAUACAAAUGGUUGCUGGUGAUUCAGCUGGCACAGUCACUGCUUUUUAUUUAUCUUCUCAAAAUGCAGAACAUGAUGAGAUAGAUUUUGAGUUCUUAGGAAACAGAACAGGUGAACCAUACAUUUUACAAACAAAUGUUUUCUCAGGAGGCAAAGGUGAUAGAGAACAAAGAAUCUAUCUUUGGUUUGAUCCAACAAAGGCUUAUCAUAGAUAUUCUGUCUUGUGGAACAUGUUUCAGAUUGUUUUCUUUGUGGAUGAUAUCCCAAUUAGGGUAUUCAAGAACAGCAAUGACUUAGGAAUAAAAUAUCCAUUUAAUCAACCAAUGAAAAUAUACAAUAGUUUAUGGAAUGCUGAUGAUUGGGCCACAAGGGGUGGUUUGGAGAAAACAGAUUGGUCUAAAGCACCAUUUAUAGCUUCUUACAAAGGGUUUCAUGUUGAUGGUUGUGAAGCUUCUGUUAAUGCAAAAUUUUGUGACACUCAAGGAAAAAGAUGGUGGGAUCAACCUGAAUUUCAUGAUCUUGAUGCUGCUCAAUGGCAAAGGCUAAAAUGGGUGCACUCAAAAUAUAUCAUUUAUAAUUAUUGUACCGAUCGUAAACGUUUUCCUCAAAUUCCGACGGAGUGUAUAAGAGAUCGAGACAUUUAAUUAAAUUUACAUAUAUUAUAUAUUUUUAGUCACUAUUAUUAAUAAAAAAUUAUUGUUUAAAUUCGUUAAAUAACUGAUAUAUUUGGUUUAUAUAUAAAUCAAAUAUGUUGGUUAUUUAAUAAAUUUAAAAGAUAAUUUUUUUAUCUAUAAUAAUGACUAAGAUAUAUGAUAUUGAGAAUAUUCAUUCAUUAAAUGGGUAUUAAAAUUGAGAUAAAAAUUGAGUUUCAUUUUGAUGUUUUAAGUAUUAAAUAUUUCAUAAAGUUCUCAUUUAUACUUUCUUCAUCACAUGUAAGUGGACCUAUGCAAAGUGGUUGUUCAUAAUUUAUAUAAUUUAUUGUAAUUCUAUGUAAUUGUUUGAGUUAUGUAAUUAAUCAAAGAAUUGUGGAAUGAAAUGAGAUAAGUCUUUGUCUUUCUA